AUGGAGGGAGAAAUACGCGAAGCAAAUGCGGAAAGAAUGACAGGAAAUGAAAAGUUUCAGGAGGUCGAUACCGAGCGGGAAUACAGAUACGAUGACUAUUUCGAAGUGGGACAAUCUCUCAGCUCAGGGGAAGAAGAACCUUGCGAGGAGAGGGAAUGGGAAGAGGAAAAAAAACCGUCUACACAAGAUUGGGAAAAAGAGGCGAAGAAGAAAAUCCGUAUAGAAAUGGAUGAUCCAUCAAUGCGAAGACGGAGAACUAUCUAUGAUCUCAACUCUUACGCUUCUUCUCGACCGUCAGUAAGCGACAUUUGGAAAUUUAACACGACGCAGAUAACCGCGGAGCCAUCGAAGAAAAUUCGAUAUUCCGCGUCGAUGGGAAUACCGGGAAUAGCGAGACUCGAUCUGUCGCCGCUGACACAAAAGAUCGUCGGGUGCAUCAUUGGCGAGGACGUUACCGCGGAAUAUCCAUGGGUGCACGUUAGGAAGGAUGUUAUAGAGGAUAAUAUAGAUUUACAUUCUGAGAGCAGCGACUUCCUGCCGGUGAAGGACGAGAUUCACGCAUUUCCUGAUGAAAAGGUUUUCAUCGGCUACGCACCGUCCCUGUCCGAAGAGGGCCAAUUCUACAUUGUCCUCACCGAGGAGGCUAGAGACGCUAUAGUGAAGCACAUACAGGAGCAAAGGGAGGAUCACGAAAAUCGCGUAAGGAACGCGAUCUACAAAUCUCCUGGCCGAUGGCACGACUUGGGAAGCGGUGCCGUGGUCGAUGCCAACGUCGUCAAAGACACAAGGCCAUUAUUCGAAAUUGAGGUUACAUCUACCGCCGAUUUGCUGAACGUGCCGAUAAAUCUAACGGACAGAAAGGCGGACGAUCAGAGGGACGGAUAUAUCGAGCUGCUACCGGAUAACCGGCAAAUAUUUGAGAAUGUACGGCGUAAAUUGGUAAGCAGCUAUACGCAAGUGACGCCGAUCGUUCGACACAACGAGGCGCAAACGGCGCCAUCGAUACCUGUCAAUUCCUGGUACCAAUAUCUGUACGAAUACGAGACAGUCGAUUUGUCUACUUACACCGAGGAAAAGAUAGAGUCCUUGAAGGAUUUCUUGGAACGUUACACCGGCAAAAUGUGCGAUCAGAUUUUAAUGAACUCCACGUGGGAUAUAUAUACAAAUGAUUAUGCAAAUCUGGUGCUUAAUGAAAAGGAUACGCAGGCACCGGUGCCCAUAGGUUAUAAAGAACAUCAGAGCUACUACGACGGAAAGCUCAUUGCAGACAAAGUUAUCAACGAUCUCAGCUGGCAUCCAUUCUGGACCGGAACGGCGAUAGCUACUUACACGCAACAUGGGAAAGGGGAGCAUCUAAUAGGUCCUAAAACUUACGACGAGGUAUUUUUAGCUUGUGAAGGCAACAAUCGCGUCCUCAUAUGGUCCUUCACUGACUGUUUGUCACCUAAACUCAUCCUCGAAUGUCCAAGAGAAGUAACAUCCGUUUCCGUCUGCCCUCUCGAUAGCAGCAUCAUCAUAGGUGGCUGUACAAAUGGCCAGAUCGCCAUCUGGCACAUUCCUGGCAAAAUCGAGCAGGUGGAGACGGUGGUGGCGCAGACGGGCGCCCAAGUGAAGUACAGCAUCGCGAUGAGGAGCUUGAUGACAUGGAUGCGCGAGACGACGGCAACGUCGUUGAUCAGUCCGGCGGCAAUGUCCGCCCUGAAGUACAGCCAGAAGGCGGGCAUCACCCAGAUAGUCUGGGUGCCCUCACAUCACAAGGUCGACAAAAACGGUCGGAUCUCGUCUUUGCCGGAAGACGCGCCCCUGGACAAUCUAAGCUAUCAGUUCGUAACCGCCAGCCAGGAUGGCACGGUCGCCUUUUGGGAUCUUAAAUCGCAACCCUCGGAGAAGGACAUUCGACAAGUUCGUAGACGGAAGAAGAUUCGUCCAGAUAUUUCGAAAUCCAUGGCGCAGCCGGCGUCGCCCUUCAAGAUCCUCGAUCGCAUGUUCAAGCCCGACUAUAUCCUCGUGAUUCAAUAUCCGGACGAGAGCCGGCAACUCGUGAUAACGACUCUCAGCAUGUACAAUCCAAAGUUUCGCAAGGAACAAGUCGAACCGUUCCCGGUGGCGAGAGACGACCUCACAAUUAGAAAGUACUACAAACCUAUAAUCGAGAAGGCGAACUACGUCAUGGAGCCGAAGAUGCUCGUCGGAACCGUCGAAGGUGAUUUCGGGUGCAUAACGUGGACCGGCUACGAAUUCGCCACCGACGUAAGCGUGAAUCGCGAGACGGCACGUUGGCUCUGGAUGAAGAGGCUGCACGACGGACCGGUUACGCACUCGGUCAGAUCCAAUUAUUACCAUCAGGUAGUGGUCACGAUAGGCGGGAAGAUCUUCGCCGUAUGGAGGGACGAUUUUGGCGAGCCGCUCGUUUGGAAGAAGUCCAACGUCGGAUACUCGGCGUGCUCGUGGGGAAUUAUACGUCCGACCGUUUUGAUCUUGGGACGAAUGGACGGCACCGUAGAAAUUUGGGAUCUCAUAGUAAAGAGUCACGAGCCGAGCUUCGUGCAGAGUCUAUCCGGACGGAUAAUUACGGGUAUCUACACGCACGAGCUACCGCUGGAGCCGCAGUGUAUCGGAUUUUGCGAUUUCAACGGCUCUUUAAGGACGUUCACGGCGCCGCGUGUCUUACUGACGUACGACGUAGGCGACGUCGAGUGGAUGAAAAAGUUCAUCGACCGACAGGUUCAAAGGAUAAGCGAGUUUCAAGCCUGGCAGGAAAUGUGGCGCGAAACAAAUCUCGAGGAUAUCGAGAUGAAGAAGAAGCUCGGUAAAAUGGAGGGGGAGAAAAAGCGCUUGGAGGCCGAGGAGAAGAUUAAAGCUGACACGGUCGAAGCGGCAGGUCGCGCGACUACACCUACGAGAUCCGCGCGUCGGAAACCCUGGCAGUUCCUCGAAGAAGCCAAGGAACGGUGGAUGUCAAUGGAAGUAAAGCGCAUGCAACGACUGAUCCUGGAGAAAAAGGGGCUCAGAAAAGAUGUCCUCGAGAGGCAGCGCGAGCCGAUUCUCAGGUUGCGGCAGGAGGCGAGGGCAAAAAAGCGUAAGAUACGCGAGAUCCUGAAUCUGCAGGACAAAAUCUUUGAGGAAACCGUCGUGUACCUCUUCCCGGAGCAGCAGCGGCAGGAGCGCAGAGAAACUUUGUUGCCGCCUUUGCCAAUACAAAGUAUGCCAAUGACAUUAGAUACUAAUUAUUCUCUCUGUUAAAAGGGCGUUUUUGCCGAUCCUGAGGAAGAAAUUAUAUACAAUUUUCUGGAGGUGCAAGCCGAGGCUCUGGCCAAAUUAAAGAGCACGCCUUUCGAACGCACGUUCGACUGGCGCAAAGUACUUGCGCAAGGGAAGUCAAGGAGAAGAUCGAUGGACAUCGAACUCAAGAAGUUAAACAGGCCGAAGAAGACGUGCAAAGUGGACGGUGCCGUAAACGAUGCAUCACGUCUUGCCUGCAACGUAUAA